CCAACGUCUCUACUAUCCACCAUGGCCGACAAGCUCCGCACCAUCCAGAACCUCGAGGCCCUCCAGGCCCGUUACAUCGGUACCGGACACGCCGAUACAACCAAGUACGAGUGGACCUCCAACAUCCUCCGUGACAGCUACUCCUCCUACGUCGGCCACCCUCCCCUGCUGUCCUACAUGGCCGUCGGCAUGGGCGAACCAAAAGAGAAGGUGCGCGCAAUGAUGUUGGAGAAAAUGGUCAGAGGUGCUGGUAAUCCGCCAGAGACUCAAGAGUAAACUACUUAGUGUGGUUUAUUUUUGUUUUUUUUUGAUACCCC